AUGAGUGCUCACUGGAUACCCUGUUGGAUCAGACAAAAACUAGUGCAAGAGGUACAAGAAUUCAUCUCAGGGACAUGCUGGCUAGGGACGACUGACAAGAACUUGUUGUGGGCCCCUGCCAUCAUGGGCAUUGGAAAAGAUAAAAAAUAUAGAUUUUAAUUUUGAAAAAUUAAUCAAGAUUAACAUAUUACAAUUUAUAUUUCAAAAAUCCAAACUUACGAAAAUAUUACCGAAAAAUUUAACAAAUUAUAUUCGGUACAUUAAUUGGAAAGUUUAAUACUGAAAAAUGGUAUUUCCGGAAAAUUUUCUUACUCCUCCCUGUUUGCCAACAAUUUUGGGGAACGAUACUUUCCAAUAUAACAUGUUACUGCAACCAAAGAUCGUUAAAACCUUUAAUAAAUGGCACUCUUUAACAUAUUGCGUUAAAACAUAGCAUGUAGCAACGUGCAGUGCAUAUAAUUUUUAAAGUGGGCAUUUUCUCAACAAUCGGUUUUAGACAAUCAGAAAUAUAGAUAAUUCUACCGAUUUUGAUUUCUACCAAUAAGGCAAAAAUCGGCCCGAUGCCGAUACCGAUUAUCAGUCAAUCACUAUACUUGUUGGAACAACUUGUUGCGAGUCUGUUGGCCUCAUCAACCUUGUUACAAGAUGAUAACAACUUGUUCCAGAUUUGUCAACAACUGGAAACAAACAGUGCAAACACACCUUGUUGACAAGCGGCGAGAUUUUUACACGCACACGCGUGUCUUACCUAUGCUGAAUUGUGCUUUUAAUACAACAGCGGUCGACAACAGUAAAAAUAAACUAAUAAAUCGUUCAAGGCUGUUUUCGUAUAUAUUCUAGGAAAGCAGCCGCAUCAAUAAGGGAGGUGAACUGGUCGUACAAUCAAGUCGUUUUAGAAAUCAACAAAAGAACUUGAUGGAUGGUGUUCAAAAAGUUCGAGAAAUAUUGGAGAAUGUUUCAAUUAUUCCGAAUGAAACAUCGGAUGACAAGAAAGCAAAGAUUACUGAAUUGUAUGUAAGAUUUCUGUCGAAAGACAAUGUGAGUUGUUGACAGUCGCAAUCCUCUUCUUUGAGCUGGUUUGAAUUUUUGAGAGUUUUGCCUUGUUUGACCGGUCACGAGAUAGGAAUGUUUUGCCGGAUACCGGGUGGUACUGGACAACAGUAUUAAAUCAGAUACUAAUGGUGGCACUUGGACAAUACACCAGAGCUUGAAAUAACCGAGCUGAUCAGCGAUCAAUGAUCGGCAAGAAAUUGCCGCUUAUGAUCGUCGGAAAAGCAGGGUUUCCAACCUGAAAAAGCAGGGAAAGUCAUGACUGCCGAUCACCAUGAUCGGGAACUUUGGGAACGUUAUUUCAAGCCCUGAUACACUGGAAAGAAAUAAGGAAAUAAGGAAAUCCAUACUAUGGAACUUGCAUUAGUACAUCACUAAAUCCAUACUAUAUCCACAGUUUGGAAAUUGCAAUUAGCCUUUUCCCAAAAGAGAUCACAGUGCAUUCUGGGAUCGUUUGGAGGGACAAAAUAUAUGGUGACAGGCGUCAAAUAUGUGAUAGAGUAGAAGUAUCUAGUAUCAAAUAUUAAAUAUUUAGACGACCAAAAAUGAAAUAUCUCCUUUUUAUAUUAAACUUUUAAUUUAAAUGUGUGCUGCCAUAUUUCUUGUUCUUCCAACAUGGGAUUUGCGUGACUAGACCCAGGACUUUGGGAAAUGGCUAAUUAGUAUGAACAUAAUUGGAUUUCCAUCCUAUUUCCACGAAGAUCCAUACUAUUUCCACGAAGAUCCAUACUAUUUCCACGAAGAUCCAUACUAUUUCCAUAAUAAGGAUUUUGAAAAAAAAACUCCAGUGAAUAUUUCACUAUUUUCCCUCGUAAAAUUCAACAAUUAUAGGAUGAGAUUGAGCAUGAUAUAAAAUAUUAUCAAGCCCAAAGUUUCUGUUAUCAACCGAAGCCGAAGGCCAAGGAGCUCCGGCGGAUGCCGGUUUAUCUUGAAAGUCCUAGAUGUUCAUAUAACUAUUUUCUAUAAUUUCUCAUUUUUUAAUUUUUAUAUAGGAUCAAAUCUGAUCAUGAACGACGUUUAAAGGAGAAGAAAUUAAGAUCGCAGAGAAAACAGGAGAGGUCCAGGAAUGAAUAG